ACUUGAAGAGAAAAUUCCAGUUCCAGAGUGUUUUGUGAACCUGGAACGUGAGCUGCUGAAGUCGGAAAUGAUGGCUACACUUUAUCUUAGUAUGAGAACAAGGCAGAAAAAGAAUCUUAGACGAUUUUGAAGCCUCCAUAGCAAAGGAUAGCCUUUCAAAAGAACAGGAAAAAUGGCGACAUUGGAUGUUAUGAUGGAAGAGCKCAUGAGAAGAGCAACCAUAGCUAUGCACCAUAAACAUUAUGAGGACGCCCUGUACAACAUCGAUCACGCCCUAGAAAUAUUACCUGGAAUCAUCCCUCACUGGACAAGGCCUUUUUUUCAUAUCCGUGCGGAAUGUUUGUGGCAGAUGGGAAAAUAUGAAAUCUGUCUAAAAAACAUGCGCAUUAUGUUUGAUGUUGGUUUGUCGGCGAUGAAUCCCUUCGAGACUAUGGAGGAGUAUAACAAGUGGAUGACUAGAAGCGAAUUCUUACUGGACAGCGGUAUUUCUCUGGCUCCAAGCUUCUUCGAUUUGUGUAAAGCGUACAGCAAAACUCCAAAAGAGAGAGCUAGGUGCUUCGUGAUGGAGGGUGUAGCAACAUGUUCAUUCUUCGAUCAACGGAAAGGAUUGGAGUUGAUUAGACAAGGAGAGCAAGUGGACAGGAGUGUCUUGGAGGAAGCUAGCAACAAAUGGAAGACGAAAGGGAUUGCUGAAUUCAAGAACAGAAACUACCAAAUAUCGAAGCAACUUCUACAAAGAGCACUAAUCGUUACACGAGAAGACAGUGCGCACUCGGAGACGCGACGGUCGAUCCUCAGUCAUCUUGCUACAGUUCAUUUUUACUUAAAAGAAUAUCAGCUCGCUUUCAAGGCUGGAGAAAAAUCAUAUCAUGUCAAAAGUGUUCCUUCUAAAGACGAAGCAGAAAGAUGGAAAGAAAGAGGAAAGAUGCUGUUUAGAGAAAAACAAUUUCGUCUUCUCAUCAAAUAUUACUCACUAGCCAUUAAAUUCACUUCAAAUGAAGAACAUUUUGUCGAACUUCGUUGCAUGCUCUUGUCUAAUCGAAGUAUUGCUUACAAUAAAAAUGACGACUACCAAAAAGCUCUAGAAGAUGCCGAAGAAUGUGUUAGAAUUAACCCACGUUGGUCAAAGGGCCAAUAUCGCUUGGGGUCCAGUCUACUUGGCCUUGGUAGACACCAAGAGGCACUCGCUUCCUUUUGCAGAGCUUUUGAAGUUGCUGACCCUUCGGAAUCAAAAGACAUUGCGCUUCAGAUCUUGUCAGUGGGUGAAAACCUUGAAGACGGCAUUUCCAGGGAAUCACUGAAUAUGCCAAAACAGCUAGUCCAAGAACUGAUCAAGCGCGUUACUGACGUGAAAGAUUGGAAAAAACUUUAUCUCCUAUUUAUGGGAGGUUCAGGUUCCCCACGCCAACGGUAUGGUAAAGGAGGUUUGGCUACUGGCCUUGGUUGUGACACAUCACGUGUUCCUCUGGAACUCAUUGUUUAUUGGGGUAUUAGCAACAAUGUCAAGUUCUUGGCCAGUUUUAUUGAGGAGCUUCUAAAACAUGGUGCACAAGUACUGGGCACCCCGGGAUGUGAUGAAUCCCCUAUUCAAAUUGCCAGUAGGCUAAGAAAUGAUGAACUGCUGGAAGUGCUGUCAAAAUACGACAAGACUCAAGGAGGAUACUGGAAAGAAGAAGGAUUAAAUGCAUUUCGUUCGAAAAACUAUGAACAAGCUAUACGUUUCCUAACAACGGCUACCAAGUGUCAUCUAUCCACUCAAGAACAAAUAGAAAUCUAUGGUAAACUGUCAGAAACCUACCACAUCACCAAGGAUUAUCGAAAGUCCGUUGACAAUGGACAUAAAUUGUACAAUUUGAGGCCUUUGGAAUCAAAGGCAAUUUCCGAAAAGUGGAAGAAACGUGGAAACGAUUUGUUGGGUGAAAGAAAUUACGACAUCAUGAUAGAUUGUUACACCUUAGCUCUGAACUAUGCUCCAGAGGGAGACUCUGAUAUGCGUGCUGCCAUCUUGAGCAACAGAAGUAUGGCUUUCUUGAACAAAAACUUGAUUGCAAAAGCCAAAAACGAUGCUAAUCUGUGCAUUUUGAAUCGCAAGACAUGGUUUAGGGGAUACAGUCGCCUGGCGUCUUGUUUUUCUGCAGAAAACAACCACCAAGAAGCGAUAAACCACUUAUGCAAAGGCUUGUCUGCUGUUCAAACGGACGAAGAAAAAUUCAACCUUGCCAACGACAUAGUAUCUAUGGCUAAAAAGAAAGGUACCAGUAUCAAGAUUCCGCAGCCAAUUCCUAAUAAAAUCAUUACUAAACUAAUCAAACAAGCCGUUGGACAAAAGGAUUAUGAAACCUUGCGUUACCUGUUUCUCGAGAAGACUUGUCAUCACCGAACAGGUUCGACGACGCACAUGCGCACUCUGGCACACGAUGUCAAAAUGAUAUCCUUCAUACCACUGGAGAUGAUUCUCGAAUCCGAUGUAAAAGACAAACCGAUGCUCGUGAUAGAGCUUAUAGCUCACGGAGUAUCCCCCAAUGGUAGUCCUAACUGUAAAAGAACACCACUACAAUUGGCUGUAGACGAGCGAGAUUACAGGAUGGCAGCGCUUCUUCUUAAGCAUGGUGCUGAUCCCUUGAAGAUACUUAAACCAAACGAAGUGUUUGAUCCAUCUGAGGGCUCUCAAGGUCUCCAGUGGAUGCGGCUGGCUCGUAAGGCCAAGCAUGCUAACUUCGAAAGAGCUGAAAUGUUUUACAGUCUCGCACUUGAAUUCCCAGAAGUAACAAAAAGCUCUCAUGAGCAGCUGGAAGCGUUUAAAAGUUUGUCUGAAAUCUGCUUCGAAUCAAAAAAGUAUGACGAGUGCCUUAGGUAUGGCUAUGAAUGCCUGAGACUAGUACCGACUAAAUCGGAGGUAGAGGCAAAAAAAUGGCUAGGGCGUGGAGAGACCCUUACGAUGAGACGCAUCUAUUCUGUGGUGCCUAACUAUCUUACAUUGGCUUUAAACUAUGCCCCUCCGAGCAACAAACCACUUCRAUACGAACUUCUUUGUCGAAGGGCUUUUGCUUAUAGCGAGAUAGACGAUUUCCAACAAGCUGUUGAGGAUGGCGACAAUGCAACAAAAAUUCAACCUGAUAAUGUACAGGGGUACAAAUGUCUUGUUUCUUGUUACAAAAGCCUUGGCCGCGACAACAAGACGUUAUAUGCUUUGGCCCAUUGCCUGAGGACGGAAGAAAAUCUCAAUGAAAAAAGGCAUUAUUUUGAAGAAGCCAUGGAAGUUGCAGCUAGAUUACCAGAGGGAACAACAGCCCUAACAAGUGAAGUACCAACAUCAUUCAUUGAGCAAGUUCAAGACAAAGCAAUUCAGUCACACAAUUGGGAACUGCUACGUGUACUCUAUCUCGGUGGUGGUGGACCAGACCAGCUUCAAGUGGGAAAGGGAGGGUUAGCCACAAAGCGCAUUCGCGCAACUCAAGUUCCUAUUGAAGAUGCUGUAUCGGCAAGCUUCAAAAGCAAGCCUGAGACACUGGCGGCAUUAUUAGACCAUGGUGCUAACGUGAAUGGACUGAGAGGUAAUUCAAACCCACUAGUGUGUGCAGUUGCGAAAGGACAAGUGGAGGUUGCCAAGGUUCUUUUGGAACAUCGGGCGAAUCCUUGUGUGAAAACAGAUAAUAGCCAGCCCUUACUGCAUAAUGUAGUCCAGAAAGCCAUCGAAACAGGGAGUCUCGAUAUGCUGCGCUGCCUUCUUUCAUUCAAACAUGCUGACAUCGAGAAUGUCCAAGAUCCAAAGGGAUGCACUCUGUACCACCUUGCAAUGAAUGGAAGAGUAAAUGACAACAAAARAAAAGUCAUUAGGCUUUUGAUGGACGCAAAUAUUAACCCAACGCUCAAAAACAAAUCAGAUAAAAGGCCAGUAGAUUGUUGUUCAAGCAGAGACKAUCGAAAGAAGAUGCUGAGUAAGUUUAUGAAGCGUUAUGUUCCAACAGUAAAAGAAGAAACAAAAGAGCAGCUAACUGACGAGGCAAACAACAGCAGUCAACAGACGAAGUUAGUAAAUGAGAAGGUGGAAGAAGAACAAGAGAAAGUGCCCAUUGCUGCAGAACCUCAACCUCCGAUAGUAUCUUCUGAAAAUAAUGACUCUAUGAAAGGUCGACCUCUUGAAACAAAGCCUUUAAAGUCCAAAGAUAAGGAUGCCGAAGAGAAGAAGAAAGUAUCGCUUAGGACAAUAGAAUAUCUAAUAGAACGUCUAAAGAUUGUGAAACCCGACGACUUGAGACAUCAAGCCAUAGACGAUGAAAUAAUGGAAGUCACUGAGGACAUUAUAGAAGAAACGACCGAAAUCCCUGAAAAUGGAGAGGGCACCAAGGCAGUAGGUGAAGAUGAAGAAGCAGAAGAUGGUGGUCUAGAAACUGCUAAGAAUGAAGAGGAAGAGAUAGAUGUUUUGGAUUCAGAAUCCCCAUUCGAAAACCUGACAUGGGAAGUAGAUUGUACCGAAAGCGUGUGGAAAACACUACAAAGUAAAAGGGUUUCUGAAAAAAUGAAGAAGAGCAUGGUGAAGAAGAUACGCAUGCUAGCAGAAGGCCGAUGGAGUAAGACGACUUGCAAGAAGAUGAAAGGUGAACCAGAAAAGAAAGGGAUUCUUUUGUACGAGUCAAAGCUAACGAAGGGUGCAAGAAUAUUGUGGGAGAAAACUAUUGCAUUUUCUCCUAGAUGUAGCAAUGAUCCAGAAUUGAGACUGCAAGCAUCCGUCAGUAAAGAUGGGGCGAACAACGAUGGUGAAAAUAGAGCUACUAGUGGUGAUGGUACUGGAAGGAUAUACUCUGAGAUUAUCAGGGUUUGGAGUAUUGUACUAGACCACGGAGACUUGCAACACCAAAUAGAAAAUGUUGUUAAAUCACACGAUCGUGGUUCUCAUUGCAUCGUCAAAGCAGAUCUGAAAGGAUUCGGAAAAAAUCAAUCAGGCUCGAGUAAUUAUCCAGCUUAUUACAUGGAACGCAGCAAAAAAGAGCCUUCUGCUGAGAGCGAGGAAACAUUCUUCCCACCUGCAAGUUCCAAAGAAAAUGAGUUCCACAUCCUGAAGUUUUACUCUGUUACCUCAGCUGUCAUCAACACACUGUUGGCUGGAGAUGGAAAAACCAAGAUUGAUUUUCCAUUCAAAGUCACUGAGCUUGAGCAUGCCAUUAUCAACCUACAGCCAAAGCCACCUUGUCCCAUUAUUCUGCUUGGUCGAAGUGGCACAGGGAAAACGACGUGUUGUCUGUAUCGUCUUUGGACAGAGUUCCAAAAUUACUGGGAAAAUGCUUCUAGGGCUGGACCUUACAUUCCAAAGUACAUUGCAGCAGAAGCAAUCUCCGAAGAAGUGGAAACUUCUGGAAACUGUGCCGAGUCAAGUUCCGGAGUGGAAUAUUUGCAAGCUCCGGUAGCUGAAAAUGACGACGUUUGUGUUUGUGAUGAUGAUUCGAUGAAUGAACCACAUAUUCGUGAUGAAGAAGAGAAUAAGGCCGCGAAUUCGCCAGAACGCUGUGAACACUUUCAUCCCUUGUUCAUUACGAAAAACACAGUACUGUGCAGUGAAGUGCAAAAGAAUUUCAAAGAGCUUAGGAAUGCUUGCCCAGUUACAAAAGCCAUGACGAACUUACCUGGUGAUUCUCUUCCUAAUUGUAUUCAGGAUAUGGGAGAUACUUCCUGGCCCUUGUUCAUAGGUGCUCGUGAUUGGAUGCUCCUGUUGGAUGCUUCAUUACCGGGCACAACCUUUUUCAAAAGGGCAAAAGAUGGCAGUUUAUUGAAAAGAAUUGAAGGAUGGGGCGAAGAGGACACUCACUUACACUUCAUACCGGAAGGGGAAGAAGAUGAUGAUGAAAUUGAUGAUGAAGUUGAAGAAGCUGAACAUGUUGCCGAAGAAGGUGGUACUAAACGAUCAAAACCUCAAGCGAAGGACGUGAAGAGAGAAGCUACGUAUCAGGUUUUUAGAGACGAGUUGUGGCCCAAGAUAAACAAGUCCAAAAAAACAAGCUACCAUCCAACCCUUGUUUGGACCGAAAUCAGAUCGUUCAUCAAGGGAUCUGUAGAAGCUUUAGGAACAAAACAUGGGUUCCUUUCGCUACAGGAGUAUCAGGAUCUUGGCCAAAAAAGAGCACCAAACUUCAUAGGAGACAGAAGCACAGUCUACGACUUAUUUCUAAAUUACCGACGCAUCUGCAACCGUCAAGGACUGUUCGAUGAAGCAGACCUUGUCUACCAUCUUCACAAACGUCUUUCUGAGAAUCCAGAACUGUCAUGGUCCAUUCAUAGCGUCUAUGUAGACGAAACACAAGACUUCACUCAAGCGGAGUUGUCACUUCUCAUCCGAUGCUGUCGCUUUCAAAAUCGAAUGUUCUUCACUGGGGAUACGGCUCAGAGCAUCAUGAGAGGAAUUGCUUUCCGUUUUGAAGAUCUCAAGACCCUAUUCCAUGGCAUCAACGCGUUCAAAGUUACGACACCCGACGAGCCCGUCAGAAUUCCAGACCGACUCUACCAGCUUACCCACAACUAUCGUUCCCACACAGGGAUUCUAAGGCUUGCGUCCAGUGUGGUAAAUCUAUUAUCACAUUACUUUCCUGAAUCUUUUGACAAGCUCGAAGAAGACUGUGGCCUAUUUGAUGGUCCCAAGCCAGUUCUCCUCGAGUCCUGCAGUUUGUCAGACUUGGCUAUGAUCCUUCGGGGAAACAAACGGCAAGCUUCAAGAAUUGAAUUUGGUGCCCAUCAAGCUGUUCUUGUGGUAUCUGAAGAGGCUCGUGAUAACAUGCCAGGAGAAUUAAAACACGGCUUGGUUCUCACUAUAUACGAGGCAAAAGGUCUUGAGUUUGAUGACGUGCUCAUCUACAACUUUUUUAAAGACUCGCACGCAAAAAAAGAAUGGAGAGUCGUAACCAGCUAUAUAGAAGAAAAGCAGAAAGAAGCGCGAGGUGGAACUUCAGGUCUUGUGGAACUCCAAGAGAAGGACCUCACUUUAAAGACAAGACCCCUUGAAUUUCAACCUGAGAAGCAUAAGGUCCUAAACUCUGAAUUCAAGUAUCUGUACACGGCAAUCACAAGGGCCAGAGUGAAUGUCUGGUUUUUUGACGAAGAUGAAGAAUCRCGCUCCCCCAUGUUUGAAUAUUUCAGACGACUGAACCUAGUGCGAGCCAUAACACUUGAAGAUGAAGGAGAAGGAACAGCAACAAGUCUAUCGUCGAUGUUUGCUGAGAGCUCUACCAAAGAGGAAUGGCGAGAACAAGGCAUGUUUUUCUACGACAAAGAUCUUUGGGGGGUUGCUGAGAAGUGUUUCAUUUUCGGUGAAGAUGAGUUUAUGGUUCGUAAAUGUAAGGCCCAACAACAAGCACAGGAAGCCUUGAAGCAUCGACGAAGCAAUCCUCGCCUGAUGAAGGAGAAGUUCAUCCUUGCUGCUACUCAGUUCCUUGAAUGUGACAUGGGGAAAGAAGCUGCAGUGUGUUUGUACAACGCACGUGAAAGGCUGCUUCUAGCGAAGCUGUACAAAAAAAUGGAAAGGUUUGCCGAAGCUUCCAAGUUUUUCCGUUUGGAAGCACGCUAUGAGGAAGCCAGUGAAUGCAUGGAAAUCAUGAACAACUACAGCCAGGCCAUCGAAAUCGUCUGCGAAGCUCAACUCUAUGAAAAAGCUAUUGAAGUGCUGGAACGAUACAAUUCAUUGAAGAAGAUUGACGAGAUGGAAGGUAUCUUGCCACCUAAACCAAACAGAACCAUUGAACGGCUUUGCUACAAAUUGGCGGAAACGCAUUUGAAAGACGGCAAAAGAGAAGACAUGGAACGUGUUCUUCAAAGCCUUCCCUCAGCCGACGAUCGCAUUUCUUUUCUCAUAAAGCACGAAUGCAUUGAAGAAGCGGCUCGAGCAUUAGUUGACAAUUACAGGCGAGAAGAGGCUGCCCAGUUUCUGCAGCUUCAUGGAAGAUUUAAAGCCGCAAAAAGAAAUGCUAACGAUCCCAAAUUCCUUGGUGACUGCAGCUUCUACGAGGCACGUGUGCUGUACCAGAAGAAGAAUACCGAACGUAAUAAUGAGGUUGUACAGCUACUGGAAGAUGCAGUCGAGUACUACCGUCGGUGCAAAGACCGAAACGGUGAAGCAGAAGCGUCCCUUUUUCUAGGACGUCUAAAAGAUGACCCAGAAUUGAUCACGGAAUGUGGGAAAAUUUUUCACCAGUGUCACAAUAUUUGUGGAGAAUCCGAAGUUGCAGAUGAAUGGCUUAAACGUGGACAUCCCUCCUCUUACUAUUACAGAAUCACUGUAAGAACAAUCGAAAGACUCCUAGACCUAAUUAUCGACCUCCAUAAACCACAUACAAAGUUAAAGGCGAAGCAGCAUGAACAGAUUGCAUUAUGUGAGCAGUUCUUUGGACUCUUGAAAGUCGAAGAUACGCGAAAAAGAAGUUGCCGAACUAGUUUCUGCGAAAGGUUUUAUCGAAUUGCCCCAAGAGAGCUUUUGUAUGAGAGCAAGAAUAUGCAAGUGGAAGUUAGUGUCAAGGAUGCUUAUCAAACUAUUGGACAUGACCUUAUUGCCAAAGCAAUCGAUCUAAUUCAGAAGACAAAGGAAUUUUUUAUGUCCAAGCUCGAAUUGAAAGGAGGUCAUGAAUCAUACCUUCUGGCUGACUUGCCGUUCCACGAGAAAUUUGAAGUUUUAUUCAAUUGGAUAUAUCUGGACAGUGUAACAGUGAAGUUUUACAACCACCUGAAACAGCUAGGAAAUUCUCCAAUCCUGUCUAAAGCAGAGAAUGUCAUCCCCAAACAGAAAAAACGAUUUCUGUCCUGUAAGCUCUUCACAGAAGUUCUUUUCCCUGAAGCAGGAUGUAAAGUUCAACAUCCCACAGUAGAUCAGAUUGCAAAGAUUAGAAAACACCACGCAGUAAAACCACGACUCAUGCAGUUUUGCAAUGAUCAGUGGAAGUCCUUGGAAACAGAAAGAGGAGCUCCAAUAACCGAUGUUUUCCUUCAGGUUUCCCAAGUGAUGCAGCUGUUGGACGUGCCACAAGAUCAAGGAAUAAACAUGUAUCUAAAUGCCAAAGAGGAAUCUUUCUAUCAAGCGUCUAAGAAGGACCCAUCCAACAAGAAGCUAAUUCAUGAGAACGGAAUAUUAACCAUGAAAGGAAGAAAUGGGCAAGUUUCAUUUGAAAUUUUCCUACGUCAUUGGGAAAUCGGAAAAAAGACACUCCAUUUGCACUACGAUGUUGUGCAGUCCCUACAUGAAACAUCGAGGCGUUUCCUUACUUACACCGCAAAAUCAAAUUCCCGUUUCUAUCCUUCAAUUGCAAAUACGUUAAUGAUCCUUGAGCAUCAGUUGACAGUCUCCCUGAUAUUGUUUGCCAGACUUAAAUGCCAAGCCAGAAACUUCUGCUGCUGCAUCCCAGAAAGUUAUCUCAAACGGCUGGAAUUUACAGAUAACCUGAACUGUACAAGACGAGGGGUGGUCACGAUUAUCAGUGCUGUUGACAAACAUGUUCGCCGCACAUGCUCUUCAUUCACAGAAGAACAAAGGUGUUUAAGAGCAAUUCAAAGUCUUCUGUCUCACGUCGUCAAGUUGAUGUUCGGGAUUGUUUCCCUCGAUUUUAACGUAUUUAACGAUACUUUCUUCACUCAAUCUUCAGACAAACUCAUCGCAUCUGGCGUGGCCGAUAGAACGCUCAUUCUGUCUUUAACGAUGCUCGUGAACUGCGGCAAGGUUUUGUAUGCAGACUGCGAAGGGGUCAUAUUGCAUUAUAUCUUUACUGUAAUUCCUCAUUCCUCUUUACCUGAGCACUUAAAGACUGCCUUUCAAUCGAUGAGUGAAGUGAGCAACAUCAGUGAUGCUGUCAAGGUCCUUAAGAACCUGCUUCAUGCUCGGAAGGCUGAGAAACUAUUUGAUGUGCGAUGGAACUAUGUAUCUCCGGGACUAGACACGAGAAUUUCGAACCCAGAGAACUACAAUUUGCUGUUUGAUGUAAAUUUAUCGGAGAUCAAGGAAAAAGCAAAAAAAGAGUCUUCACGACCUGUCGUCUCUGAUCUCGCAUUGAAGGAACAAGAAGAGGAUGAGAACACCGUGGAAGAAGAAUCAAGAAUCCUCGAGAUAGAAAAAGAGAGGAAGGAUAGAGAGGCUUUUUUACAAGCCGUCAUUAAGAUGCAAAGACUCUGCCGCCGAAGUCGAAGGAAACAAACUCUAAAACAUGAACAGUUAGUUGAAGGAAAAGAUCAUCUAGAUCCAACAGAAGACCAUCUAUUAGCGUUUAAGACUGAUUCUACAGCCUGUAAGAUUUGUGGAGUGGAUUUUCAAGACACAUCAGAUAAAACUGUCGAAGGUUCUGAAGUUAAUAGCACUUAUGCAAGCCAUGUCACAAGUCCAGACCACAAUGACAGACAAAAGCUGUUUGAAGAAUACAAAGAACUGUAUGUAUCCCGCGUGGAGAAAGUACUCAGACGAGUCAGGAGCUUAGACGAACGAAAUGUAAAUGAUCAAUCGGGUAUCGGUUUUGACAUGCAACGGCUUGAUGGAAUGAAAAAUAAGUUAUGGGAAAAAAUGAAGAAAAUCGAAACUUGUCGGGAGUGGAAAGACACAUCGCUUUUGAUUCCACUUUUAGAAAACCUCGAAAAGAAAGUACGAGAAACCGAAACACUAGUGCAAGCGUCAUCUACUACUGAUUUAGAUGAAAAGGAUGAGAAAGAGAUCCCAGGAGGUCACAUGGAAGAAGAUGAGGAGGAGGAUCUAGAGGAGAUACUGACUGUCCGAAAACAAAAGAAGAAUCAGGGCCAUGGAAGCAGGGGAAAAAGAAAUCGAAAAAAGGCGAGUUGAAACUCAGACAGACACUCAUCGAAGGAGCUCGCUUACCAUAAAAUGGGGAUAGUUAUAGUCAGUUUACCAUUGAUUUUGUGCUGCAUGAAGACAACACGGAGAAUGCGGGGGGACACAGUCCCUUUUUUCAAGAAGCCCGUUCGUCGUUUUUAUAGUUAAUUUGUUAGGAAUACGUAUAUUUACGACAAUAGGGUGGCAUUAUAGAUAUGUAUAAUAACUUGAGUUAUAGUUUGAAUACUCUUGUUAGUUUGAAUACUUGUAAAAUAGAUUUUUAGUAGGUUUUAGAAGGAUAUUUUUAAAAAGUAAUCGUGUUCGGCUAACGUCUCUUUUAUUUAGAAGGAUCAAGAUUGGUGUCAAUCACCUACUUUUCCUAGCGCAAAAAUAGGAAAUCAUCUCUCGAGUCGCAACAGCGUUAGCCUGCUUGUAGACUUGCCAUGAUUUGUAGCCCAGAAUAGCUUCACAAUUCUUGAAAUGAUGAAAGAAAAUAUUCUUUAUUUCAGUGAAGUUAUGCAGUGUAAAAAAAAUAUAUGUAAAACGUUUGUAGAAAAUCUAUGAAUAAAUAGAAUCCAAGGGGGAUUGAUACUUUCCCUACGGACACACAGGAUUUCUAUCA